CUUUCUCCCUAGUGUAGCAGUUAGGAAAUGCUUGUGGCUAGUUUGAGCGACCUUCUGACCAGUGAAGCAGUGGAAUAACAUCCAGAGGUAGUUUGAAAGAGAAACAAGCAUUUGGGCUUCAUACCCUCUCUGGGCCUGGAUUUCCCAAAAUCGUCACACCUGCAGCAGAAGGAAAAUGGCCGAGUUGAAGUACAUUUCUGGAUUCGGUAAUGAGUGUGCCUCAGAGGACCCUCGCUGCCCAGGUGCCCUGCCAGAAGGACAGAAUACUCCUCAAGUUUGCCCUUACAAUCUGUAUGCUGAGCAGCUCUCAGGAUCCGCUUUCACGUGUCCACGGAGCACCAAUAAAAGAAGCUGGCUAUAUAGGAUCCUACCUUCGGUUUCUCACAAGCCUUUUGAAUCCAUUGACCAAGGCCAUGUCACUCACAGCUGGGAUGAAGUUGAUCCUGAUCCUAACCAGCUGCGAUGGAAACCAUUUGAGAUUCCAAGAGCCUCUCAGAAGAAAGUGGACUUCGUGAGUGGCCUGCACACCUUGUGCGGAGCUGGAGACAUCAGGUCUAACAAUGGGCUUGCUGUCCACAUUUUCCUCUGCAACACCUCCAUGGGGAACAGGUGCUUUUACAAUUCAGAUGGAGACUUCUUGAUUGUUCCUCAGAAAGGGAAACUUCUCAUUUACACCGAGUUUGGCAAGAUGCUUGUUCAGCCCAACGAGAUCUGCGUCAUUCAGAGAGGAAUGCGGUUCAGCAUAGAUGUCUUCGAAGAGACCAGGGGCUACAUCCUGGAGGUCUACGGUGUCCACUUUGAGUUGCCUGACCUGGGACCAAUUGGAGCCAAUGGCUUGGCCAAUCCUCGGGAUUUUUUGAUACCUGUUGCCUGGUAUGAAGAUCGCCAAGUGCCAGGUGGUUACACUGUGAUUAAUAAAUACCAGGGCAAGCUGUUUGCUGCCAAACAGGAGGUCUCCCCAUUCAAUGUUGUGGCCUGGCAUGGGAAUUAUACCCCCUACAAGUACAACUUGGAGAACUUCAUGGUCAUCAACUCAGUGGCCUUUGACCACGCAGACCCAUCCAUUUUCACGGUACUGACUGCCAAGUCUGUCCGCCCCGGAGUGGCCAUCGCUGAUUUUGUCAUCUUCCCACCACGGUGGGGGGUUGCUGAUAAGACCUUCAGGCCUCCUUAUUACCACAGGAACUGCAUGAGUGAAUUCAUGGGGCUUAUCAAAGGUCACUACGAGGCAAAGCAAGGUGGGUUCCUGCCAGGCGGUGGCAGCCUGCACAGCCCAAUGACCCCCCAUGGGCCUGAUGCCGACUGCUUUGAGAAGGCCCGCAAAGCCAAGCUGGCACCCGAGCGAAUUGCUGAUGGCACCAUGGCAUUUAUGUUUGAGUCUUCUCUAAGUAUGGCCGUCACCAAGUGGGGGCUGAAGACCUCUAAUUGUUUGGAUGAGAACUACUACAAGUGCUGGGAACCUCUCAGGAGCCACUUCACCCCCAAUUCCAGGACCCCUGCAGGAACUAAUUGAGACUGGAGCAAUGCUACCAUAAUUGAGAACGGAUUUGUGCGACUUCCUUUAGAAUCUCAUGCCCUUUGGCACUAUUGGGGCAGGGGAUUGGUUAAAAUAACUCACUUUUUAACAAUCAAGAAACUCAAACAUUUAUAGAAAUGUAUUUGGAAAGUUCUGUCAGCUUAAUUACUCAAUAAAUACUUGCUGGUGUUCUG